UGAUAGAUUGUAUUACUAUUGAACGGGUAUAAAAUGGUCAGCUGCAUUCUCGUCGUUCACUUUUUUCAAAAUUCCCCUCUUGAUUCUACUCCUUUUCUGCUCCGUCUUCCCUUCUACUCUGCCAAGUAAAAUAAUAAACUAAUAAGUCAACAAAGUUCCAAGACCAAACUACAAGACACAUCUCCAAUCUUUCUUUCCUACGCACAAGAACUGUAAACCUUUUGUUUUACCAUCUCUAUGACUUCCAGUGAAGCAAGCACCCAACCGACGGCCGCCGAUCCGGCCGUUGAGUCCCACAAGUCUCCCAAGGAGGAAGAGUUCUCACCCCAGCAGCUCUACACCUCACGCGUCGUUCUGACAACCUACCCGUCGCAGCUAGGCAUUGACCCGAUCCCGCUCACCUGGGGCGCAGCCACCCCGGCCGAGCGCGGCCCCGUAGUGGUCUCCCGCCAACAAGACAGCUUUGGCAAGCGCAACGCCAUCGGCGCCGGCGGUGGCUCCUACUGCAUUUACCGCGCGCUCGCAGUGGCUAUUGGGGCACUGUCACCGACGCACCGGCCGGACUUUGGUCUGACCGAGCCCACCCAUAUCAUUGGGCCGUUCCCAGCAUGGUCAGAUCCCGAGAAGAUUGUCUCGAUGGAUCCCUGGGGCCAUGCUACUGUUGAGCACUACCACGAGCACCUUGAGAAGGGCAUCGACGUGCGUCCGACCAUCGCCAUUACGCAGGCGCACAUGAAGCUAGCUGAGAUCGACGACGCCAUUGCCAAGGGUAUCCUGCAUUGCGACGGCGACAUCAUCACCAAGGGUGGAGAGCUCAAGGUCGUCAAGGUGGCCUCGGAGCCCGUUUGGCACCUUCCGGGUGUCGCCAAGCGAUUUGGUAUUGGGGAAUCGACCCUGCGCCGCGCACUGUUCGAGGACACCGGGGGCAUGUACCCGGAGCUCAUCACGCGGCCGGACCUUAAGGUCUUCCUGCCACCGAUCGGCGGCCUCACCGUGUAUAUCUUCGGCGACCCCGCGCAUAUCUCGGAUCCAACCAAACGCCUGACCAUGCGCGUCCACGACGAGUGCAACGGUUCCGAUGUCUUUGGAUCCGACAUCUGCACCUGCAAGCCCUACUUGAUCUAUUCGAUCGAGGAGUGCGCGCGCGAGGCACAGAACGGUGGUGUCGGUGUCGUUGUUUAUUUCCGCAAGGAAGGCAGGGCGCUUGGCGAAGUGACCAAGUACUUGGUGUAUAAUGCGCGCAAGCGCCAGGAAGGUGGCGACACUGCGGCGAAUUACUUUAAGCGCACGGAGUUUGUUGCUGGCGUCAAGGAUAUGCGCUUCCAGGCGCUGAUGCCGGAUAUCCUGCAUUGGCUCGGUGUCUCGCGCAUUGAUCGCUUCAUCUCCAUGUCGAAUAUGAAAUACGAGGCCAUUGUAGAGUCUGGUAUUGAGAUUAUUGAGCGUGUGUCUAUCCCUGAAGAGAGAAUGCCGGCGGACUCAAAAGUGGAGAUUGAGGCCAAGAUCGCAGAUGGAUACUUUACUACCGGUGCUGUGCCCACUGCUGAUACCCUGGAGGCUGUCAAGGGUCGUAAUUGGGACGAGAUUGCACACUAAUAGUAUAUUACUUUCCUUUUUCUGCAUUAAUCCCUUUUUUAUUCCUUUUUUAAUUUUUCAAUAUCAUACUAUUGUUGUACCAAC